AAAGCUUCAGAUUUGGUUUGUGAGGCCAACAGGAGAGGAGAGACGUUCUUCAAACCAUACGAGCUCACCUCGUCUCUGAAGAAAAACUUGGAAGCCAUAGAAAAAGACAAUAAUUUCAUAUAUAAUGAUCGUGUUCCUGAUUUUGGGACUCUUGAGCGUCCUGGUAAAGCCUCCAUUGCUAAGGUGAUACAGUUUCAGUCCCCAGCCUCAAACUUCCUUGAUUUAUUUACUAAUCUUGUUCCUCUACCUAUCAGUCAUGCUAUGUCCAAUUAUAAUAGCAAGAAGGAUGCACUUGUCAGUGAGGAGCUUGAGAAACUGAGGAACACAACAUCUUCCUUGAACGAAAACCUUGCUAGUAACAAUCUUCCAACUGCCAUUGAAGACACUGGCAGUAAUGCUGUGCCUGACUCCAUUAAAGAGAAGAGUCAAGGGAUUCGUGAGCAAGGAGGGAUACAAUCACUGGAAGAUAAACUUUAUUGACUACCUGAACUGCUAACAAGGAACAGAGAGAUACUU